UUUGUGCUUAAAAUUUGAAUAAAUAAGUUUUAAAAAAAAUAAGUUCGGUUUCUUUUGGGUACCCCCUCAUAUAUAAUCUCUCAUACAACCAAUGACCAAUUUCUUCCGAUUUGGAACUGGAAUGGUUCUGUGUGUGCAUGCUGGGCACUUACUUCCAUAAUUCCCUGUUCAGAUAUAUGAUUCUCGAAUUCUGGAGUGGGCACUUUCAUCUCCAAAAGAAGAGAGUCCAGGAGGGUGGUUUAACAGUAUCUUUACAAGUCACCAGCUAUGAACACCUUUGGAAGCAAUUAGCUCAUGCAAGACGUUGCAGAAAAUAAGUCACAGCUAGUUAGAAAUUGCUUGCUGUAACAGAAGUGCCAGAAAAGUGUCUUCUUUUGUAUGAGAUUUUUCCAUUUAUGGAACAUUAAGAAACUGAGGGUACCAAUAUCUCUUUCUUAUUAUAAGCAAUACAUAUUAGAAAACACAAAACUGUCCAGAAAGUCACCAUUCAUGAAAUGAAGUUUAGCUUAAACAGUCUCUGCCAGUAAAUUUCUGCGUGUGUUCCCUUUGGGACACAACAGAAGUCUAACCAGUAAUAUUUUAGACCAUAAGUGCCUCAUUGUUUCUGGAAACUGUUAUCAGCAGCUGUUGUGAUUCACUGUUUUCAGUUCAUCUAAGAUGAUCACUUUCCAGAUACACCUAUCAAGGCAUUUUUGACACAAUUCCACAACAAGAAAGCCAUAGGACAUCAAGUCUGGUGGUCCUGGAAGCCAAGUUAUGGGCCCUCACCUCCCACCUAUUUUAUGCUGGAAAACUUCACCUCUCCAGAGAUGGAAGAAGACAAAACAGAAACUUUUAAGCAACAACUCUCAGUGACAGAUUUCCUGGGCACUGAACAAAGAGGUGAGGCCCGAUAUAUUCAAUGACAGGUUUCCUGGGCAAUGAUAAGGUGAACCGCCAUCACUUGACCUCCAAAAUCACAAAAUCUGACAUCCUGUAACUUCUUCUUGUGGGGUUAUGACAAAAGUGCUCUGUGUGGCUGUACUGGGUAUGUGCCCUAAUUCAAAGAGCAAGAUGACUGCAGUUGUUGAAGCCUAACUCUGUGAGAUGUCCAGGCACAACUGUCUGCAUCAGUUCUCUCCGAGCUCUUACUCACGGAUCUGUGGAGAGAAAUGGCAGCUAACUGGAUGUUUCACGUGGUUCUCUUCAAGCAUCGACAUCCCACAUUGGUGACCCCAACGAAGCAUGGAGGAUGCAGACAGUUCCCCACCAACAGAUGUAUUCAGAGUGGUUGUGUGGCUUCCGCCAUUCUGGGCCGAGCAGCCAGCUGUGGGGUUAGCGUUGAGGUGCAGUUUUUCUUAGCUGGUAUCAGCAGCGAGAAGAUCAAGUUCUGCCAUGUGAUCUUGCAGCUGGACUACCAGUACACCACAGAGGUAGAGGACAUGAUCACCUCUCUGCCAGAUCAAUACCCCUACACCAUGCUGAAGACCGAGUUCAUGAGGUGGCUGUCCUCCUCGAGAGAACAACGCAUUCACCAGCUCCUUACACUCGAGAUGGGAGACCAUAUGCUGUCCCAGUUUCUGAGGCACCUCAGGAGCCUUGCCCCAGACAUGCCAGAUGACUUCCUCCUAGGCAUCUGGUCCAGCUGGCAACCCCCCAACGUACAGACCAUUCUCACUGGACAACACAAGGGCAGCUUGAACGCUGCAGCCCGCUGUGCAGACUGCAUCUCCGAGGUCGCAUCCCAGCCGGCACUCACUAGCACUGGUCCACCCCCUGACAACACUGCACUUCUGCAGGUGAUUGAGUCCCCCCCCCCCACUAGGUAGCAGCACUCGGCGCCGGCCAGGACCGCCUUCGGGCCAACUCCAGGAACCACCGUUUGGGCAGCACAUCCCUCUCCCAAGAAGACACUGCAUCCACCCCCUGCUGGAAUUAUCUUUGCUUCAGAGCCAAAGCGCAAAAGUGUACUCCACCCUGUGCCUACCAACAGCACG